UUGUUUUUUUGUUGGGCACUUUUUAGAACACGGCGCAGCUGCACUGCACUGUACUAGCAUCAGAGCGAGGACCAGAGUGCUGUACUGUGGGUGAGAGGUUUUAUUCUACAGCCCCCUAAAUGUGCUCUUGAGAAAAUGUCCUCAGUGUGUAGAUUCAAGAUACGUUGCCUUUGGUUGCAGAGUUGGAGACUGGCUCAUGGCUCUCUAUCCUCUGUCAGUGUUCACAAUUCUUCCAAGUACAGUACCCUGGGUGGCGAUGGUGAGGAGCGAUAUAUUCAGACAACCACGAUCCCCACCCUCCACUUUCAACCUGGCCUCCCGAGACUGCCGAUCCCAAAACUUGAGCUCACCUGUCAGCGUUACCUGGCUGCCCUGAGGCCUACUGUGAGUGAGGAGCAGUAUCGAUCCACAGAGGCCAUUGUCAGGGAGUUCGGCAAUAGUGGGGGAGAAGGUGACGCACUCAAUAAGAGGCUCAUAGCUAAGGAUCGCAAAAACAAGCACACCAGCUAUAUCACCGAGCCAUGGUUUGACAUGUACUUAAAGGCUCGAGAUCCUCUUGUUCUCAACUACAAUCCUUUCAUUGCCUUCAAGGAUGACCCUCAGGGGAUCACAGAUCAGGCAUUAAGAGCAGCCAACUUCAUUCGAUCAGCCGUGAGGUUCAGAGCUGCACUCUGGGACAAAACUCUGCAGCCAGAGGUAUUCCAUCUCAAUCCUACUGUAUCAGAUAAUGCAUUCUUCAAGAAUGCUGUCAGACUGGUGCCUGGCCCCCUGUCCUGGUAUGCAGCUGCUCUAAUCUGGAAGGCAUUCCCUCUGGAUAUGAGUCAGUACGACAGACUGUUCAACAGCACCCGGGUGCCAGAGAUUGGCAAGGACUGCUUAUUGUCGUUUAAGAAUGAGGCACCAAAGCAUCUGGUGGUGAUGAGGAGUGGACAAUUUUACAGCAUUGACGUAGUGCAAGAAGAUGGGCUUGCUGUACCAACUGAGACUGUGUGCAGUCAACUUAGAGGAAUACUUUCAGAUACAACUCCGGCAGCACAACACCACGUCGGCUACUUAACCGGAAUCAAUAGAGACAAGUGGGCGGAGCUGAGGAAGGAACUUGUCAGCUCUGAGAAGAACAGAGAGGCCAUCAGAUGUAUAGACUCUUCAAUGUUUGUGCUGUGUCUUGAUGACAGUGAUCCCGAUAACGUCACUGAUCUUUCACACAACAUGCUCCAUAACCAUGGUCAGAAUAGGUGGUUUGACAAGUCCUUUUCGCUGACAGUGACCAAAGGAGCCCGUGCUUGCAUUAACUUUGAGCAUGCCUGGGGCGAUGGCGUAGCAGUGUUGCGACUAUUCAAUGAGCUCUACAUGGACUCUCACAGGAGGCUAACCACAUGUACUGCUCAGUCCACCAUGAGUGGUGUCAAUAGGCUGGCCUUCGACCUGUCUGAGUCAAUGAAGGGUGCAAUUGAGGCUGCAAAGAAAGAGAUAGAAAGCAAUACGAAGAGACUGAAAAUCAAUUCCCUUCAAUAUGAGAAGUAUGGAAAGAAUUUCCUUAAGAAGUCGAAAUUAAGCCCUGAUGCUAUUUUACAGUUGUCUAUACAGAUCGCCUAUUACCGACUGUACAAAGGCACUGUUGCUACGUACGAGUCAUGCAGUACAGCUGCCUUCAAGCAUGGGCGCACAGAGACAAUCAGAUCAGCAAGUAUGGCAACAAAAGCUUGUGCAGAGGCUUUUGAGCCUGAUCAUCCAGCCGGACCCGAGGAGCUAAUGGCCAUGAUCAAGACUGCUGCUGACUACCACAGCAAGCUGGUUCGAGAAGCUGCCAUGGGUCAAGGUUUUGAUCGUCACAUGUUUGCUUUAAGAAACCUGGCUGCAAGUGAACAGCUACCACCACUACCAAUCUUCGAAGACUCCUCUUACAAGUCUCUCAGUCACAUCAUCCUGUCGACGAGCACGCUCACUUCAGACUCAGUUCUAAUGGGAGGGUUUGCCCCCGUGACCCCUGAUGGCUAUGGGAUAGGCUACUCCGUCUUAGAUGACUGGAUGGGCACUCAAGUGAGCACUUACAAAACAAGAGAUGGAGCAGAUUUUGUAGAGAAAUUAGAGACAGUAUUCAAUGACCUGUACGAUGUGUUCAAUGGGAAUAACUUUAAGCAGUAAUAGACUGAUAGUUAUACACAGGUCAUUUUGCAGCCAUUUAAUUACGAUAAUAGUGUUUCUGAAGCAAAAUUAUUAUUUUGUAUUGUACAAUGAUG